AUGUCUCUCAAAGGGAGUAGUAUCCCUGGGAAAAAGUCUGUUCUAGUGGCCUAUGUAUUGUGGCUAUUUGGUGGGAUAUUCGGAGUCCACCAUUUCUAUCUACGUAGAGACAAACACGCAUUUGUUUGGUGGUCAACUCUAGGUGGUUUUGGUAUCGGCUGGCUAGGUGAAGUGUUGAGUAUACCACGGUACGUUAGAGAUGCUAACGAAGAUCCAACUCACAUGCAGCAGUUGGUGAAAAGAAUGAUCCAGAACAAAAAGCCUCCUUUCUCAAUGAACCGCUUCACGGGAAUGCUAAUGGUCGGCUAUUCCUGGGGUCAGAUGAUGAUGUUGGCGGUUCCACCCGACGAAUUAUGGGGUAUCGAUUUCAGAUACCUAAACUGUCUUGUACCAUUUGUUGCAGCUCUCGGUGUCUGGACAGUGGGUAACAUUGGUCGGGAGAAAGGCAACUUGAAAUGGCCACUGCUAGCUGCGUAUGCUGCCUACCCUCUUCGUUACUACAUUUACGAUGAAAGCGUUUGGUUCACAAUCAUGGUGCUGGCUUCUUCACUAGCCUUUGAUUCGUUUUCCAAGGAGUGGAGAAGGACGCCAAUGAAGCGACGCCAUGUUCUCAAGCGUGUAGCAAUACUGGCCGUUUGCGCGGGUCUAUAUCUCGGUCUAUGGUGCAGCUAUUUGUACUUCCACGGAACCAUCACCGACAGCGAAGGUGAUGAAGUGCCCGUCUACGAAGCCCUACAUCAUUUCUUCACUAGUCCUUGGUGGUUAGAUGUGAAGCAAUGCCUCAUCGACACGUACCAGUACGCACAGCAUCACGGCUGGUACGAAGUGUGGAAGCAGAUCAUUGAUCUCUCUGACCCUCACGGUGAACAGAACGCUUACAAGGUCCUAGGUCUGGGUCGUGAUGCGAGUCAGCAAGAAAUCACGACGCGAUGGAGAAGAUUGUCAAAAGAAAACCACCCAGAUAAAGCGAAACCAGAAAACCGUAGGGAAGCUCAGGAGAAAUUCAUGGAGAUACAGAAAGCUUAUGAAAUACUGUCGAGCAGCAAGCACAGGCGUUCACGACGGAAUAAGAAGGAUAAUUCGGAUGAAUGAUAAGGAUUAUUUAAUUAAAUAUAUUAUAUAAUGGUAAUGUAAAACCUUUCUCACGCAACUGUACUUAAUGAUCAAAUUAGGUUGUACAUUGAUUGUGAAAUUAACGGUCAAUCAAUGUUGUCAAAAAAAGUUUUUUGUAGUAUUAAAAAA